AUGUUUGAGUAUUAUGAAGAACCCGCCUCUACGAAUGAUCUACUGUCCCUGAUGUACAUCCUGGACGGUAACGUGAAAAGGGUAGUCUUCACGUCGGAGAUGGACCCACUGGUUUUCCCAAGAGACCCUACCCCUCCUCCCAGGUAUGCAGAGGUGCUGUCCUCGUUUGAAAGCUUUCUUGACUUCUACCGAAAUCUAAAUGGAGAGGGGGAACACUCCGAGAUCAUAACGUAUUACAAGCUGAAGCACGGCAAGCUGCCAUUUAUGAGCCUGUACUCGAAGUACAUCCAGCUUAGAAAAAAGGAUGAUAAGAGGGAAGGCGUAACCUAUUAUAACGAAGAUCUUUAUAGGGCGUUGUUGGAAUGUAACGAAUAUGUAUCCAAUAGGGGGUCUCUCGACAUGUUUCUGGCACCCUUCUACAUGAGCCAGUUUUUUGAGCAGAACGGGGAGCUCAGGAAGUCCAGGAGGCUGAGAAGAGAGGCAAGGAGAAUAGCAAGGGCUUCAAACAGGCUGGACGUCAUCCGGGAAAUAGACGGUGGAGGCCACAGACCUCCUGGAUGA